CGGGCGCCGGGGCAUGCGCGGGCUGGGCCUGGUGGAGACACCGCACCUGCAGGGAGGGGCCUCCCAGAAACUGUCUUCCCCGACCGCCGCCUUACCUCGCCAGAGCGCGGCUAGUAGCCAGAGAGGACGCCCGUCGCCUUCCCGCCCUCCUCCCAGGAGAGCCCAGCCUGAGCCGGCACCUGCUUCACCACCAUGUUCAAGGGGCUGAGCAAAGGCUCCCAGGGGAAGGGGUCCCCCAAGGGAUCCCCAGCCAAGGGGUCCCCCAAGGGAUCCCCCAACAAGCACAAUCGGGCUGUGACCCAGGAACUGGCUCUGCUCAUCUCCCGCAUGCAAGCCAACGCUGACCAGGUGGAGAGGGACAUUUUGGAGACUCAGAAGAGGCUGCAGCAAGACCGGCAGAAUGGCGAACAAAACCAAGCUUUGCAGCACCAGCAGGAGGCUGGCCGCAACCUGAAGGAGGCUGAGGUCCUCCUCAAAGACCUUUUCCUGGAUGUAGACAAGGCUCGGAGGCUCAAGCACCCACAGGCCGAGGAGAUUGAGAAAGACAUCAAGCAGCUGCAUGACCGGGUGACCCAGGAGUGUGCAGAAUACCGCGCCCUGUAUGAGAGGAUGGUGCUGCCGCCGGAUAUGGGACCCAGGGUCGACUGGGGGCGUGUGUUGGAGCAGAAACAGAAGCUGGUCUGUGAGGGCCAGUAUGGGCCUGGGAUGGCAGAGCUGGAACAGCAGGUGGCCGAACACAACAUCCUGCAGAGGGAAAUUGAGGCUUACGGGCAGCAGCUGCGGACCCUGGUGGGACCGGAUGCAGCGGCCAUCAGGAACCAAUACCGCGACCUCCUGAAGGCGGCAUCGUGGCGCCGGCAGAGUCUGGGGAGCUUGUACACACACCUGCAGGGCUGCACGCGGCAGCUGAGCGCCCUGGCAGAUCAGCAAGGCCGCAUCCUGCAGCAGGAUUGGAGUGACCUCAUGCCUGACCCUACUGGUGUGAGGCGGGAGUAUGAGCAUUUCAAGCAGCAUGAACUGCUUGCCCAGGAGCACAGUAUAAACCAGCUGGAAGAUGACGCGGAUCGCAUGAUGGAGCUUGGGCACCCAGCCAUAGGGCCCAUCCAGGUCCACCAGGAGGCCCUCAAGAUGGAGUGGCAGAAUUUCCUAAACCUUUGCAUCUGCCAGGAGAGCCAGCUGGAGCAUGUGGAGGGUUACCGGAGGUUCCAGGAAGAGGCGGACUCAGUCAGCCAGACCCUGGCAAAGCUCAGCUCCAACAUGGACACCAAGUGCGGCCUUGGCACUGGGGACUCCUGCUCCCCGAUGGAACUCCUGCUACAGCUGGAGGCAGAGGAGAAGCAGCUGGCCACCGCGGAGAGGGUUUUGGGGGAGCUGCAGCAGCGAAGCCGGGAAGUAGCCCCACUGCCACAGCGUAGGAACCCACCCAGCCAGCCUGUGCAGGUGGACAGCAUCUGUGACUGGGACUCAGGAGAAGUUCAGUUGCUUCGGGGAGAGCGGUACACACUCAAGGACAAUGCUGACCGAUACACAUGGGUGAUUCAGGGCCCUGGUGGAGAGACCAAAAGCGCCCCAGCUGCCUGCCUCCGCAUCCCAGCACCGGACCCCGAAGCUGUAGCCAAAGUCUCCAGGCUAGCCAUGGAGCUGCAGACUCUGAAGCAGAAACUAUCUGCAGAGAAGAGCCGCCUUAAGGCCACUGUUGUAGAGCCUUUACAGCCUGGCCAGCAGGCCCCAGCAGGCUCAGCUCCAGAUAACCCACAGGCUGAAAAGCUCCUGACACAGAUGACCCACCUGGCCGGGGAUCUGGGACACAUAGAGAGACAGGUGCUGACCUGGGCUCGGACACCACUGACCCGCCCUUCUCCACUGAAGGAUCUAGAGGACCGCCUCCACAGCCACGAGGGCACAGCACAGCGCCUUCAGAGCCUGGGAGCUGAGAAGGAGGCAGCCCAGCAGGAGUGUGAGGCGUUUCUGUCCACUAAGCCUGUGGGCCCAGCUGCCCUACAGCUGCCCGUGGUCCUCACCAAUGUCAAGGACAAGUAUAAUGACGUGCAGAGUCUGUGCCACCUCUAUGGGGAGAAAGCCAAGGCUGCUCUGGGUCUGGAGCAGCAGAUCCAGGAGGCGGACAGGGUCAUCCAAGGCUUUGAGGUCACCCUGGCACAGGAGGGCCCCAUCCCUGAAGGCUCUGGGGCACUGCAGGAGAGGGUCAGCGAGCUGCAGCGCCAGCGAAAGGAGCUCCUCCACCAACAGGCCUGUGUGCUGGGGCUGCACCGCCAGCUGAAGGCCACUGAGCAUGCGUGCGGUGCGCUUCAGAACAAUUUCCAAGAGUUCUGCCAAGACCUGCCACGGCAGCAGCGCCAGGUGCGUGCCCUCACCGACCGCUACCAUGCCGUGGGGGACCAGCUGGACUUGAGGGAGAAGCUACUACAAGAUGCCAGCCUCACCUACCAACAGUUCAGGAAUAGCAGGGACAGCCUGAGCUCCUGGCUGGAGCAGCUGCCCCACCACCACGUGCAACCCAGCGAUGGGCCCAGCCAGAUUGCCUACAAGCUGCAAGCACAGAAGAGGCUGAUGCAAGAAAUCCUGGGGCGUGAGCAGGACCGGGUCGCGGUAUGCCGCCUCACCCGGGACCUGCAGGAAACUCUUCAGGACUACGAGCUGCAAGUGGAUGCCUACCGCUGCUCCUUGGAGCCCACCCUGGCGGUGUCAGCCCCUAAGAGACUCCGGGUAGUUUCCCUGCUGGAGACCAGCCAGGCUCAGGAGAAGAACCUCACUAAAGCUUACACUGAGGUCGCCGCAGCCGAGCAACAGCAGCUGCGCCAGCUGGAGUUUGCUAAGAAAAUGCUGGAGAAGAAGGAGCUUACUGAGGACAUCCAAGCCAUCCACAGUGCAAGACAGGGAUCUGGGAGCCUGGCCCACCCAGGGAUGGAGCCAGAGGUCCUGAAGACCCAGCUGGAGGAAGAGAGGAAGCGGGUGGCUGAGGUACAGCAGGAGCUGGAAGCACAGAGGCAGCAGCUGCUGCAGCUGAGGACCCAACAGCCCGUGGCGAGGCUGGUGGAGAAGGAGGUGGUGGAGUUCUACCGGGACCCCCAGCUAGAGCGUGAUGUGGUUCAGGUGUCAUCCCAGGUGGAGGAGGAGGGCAAGAGGCGGGCCCGCCUACAGGCUGAGCUGGAAGUGGUGGCCCAAAAGGUCGUCCACUUGGAGGGCAAGAGGACGACCAUGCAGCCUCACCUGCUGACCAAAGAGGUCACCCAAAUUGAGAGGGACCCUAGCCUGGACAGCCAGGCCACACAGCUCCACAGUGAGACUCAGCGGCUGCGUGGGGAGAACACUGUCCUCGCUGGCCGGCUGGGAGAGCUGAAGGAUGAACUGCUGGCCCUGGAGCAGAAGGAGAUGAGCGUGAAGGAGAAGAUUGUGAUGAAGGAGGUGGUUAAGGUGGAGACGGAUUUGGAAAUGGUGAAGGCGACCCAGACCCUACGGCUGCAGAUUGAGGAGGCUGCUGCCCGGAGAAAGGGGGCAACGGAAGCGGUCACCAAGAUCCAGGCUCGCAUCAGAGACCUGGAACAGGUGAUCCGCUCCGUGGAGCCCAAGGUCAUUGUGAAGGAGGUGAAGACGGUGGAGCAGGACCCUGGCCUUCUUCAGGAAGCCUCCAGGCUGAGAAACCUAUUGGAGGAGGAAGAGAACAAGAACGCCGCCCUGGCCAGGGAACUGCAGGACCUGCAGGCCAAGUACAGGGUGGCGGAAAAGCAGCCGCCCAAAGUGCAGCUGCAGGAGCGCGUCCACGAGAUCUUCCAGGUGCAUCCUGAGACAGAGCGCGAGAUCGCCCGGCUCCAGGCGCAGCUGCAGGAGACAGGCGGCAAGCGGGGCAGCGUGGAGCAGGAGGUGGAGAGGCUGCUGCCGGAGCUGGAGGUCCUGCGUGCUCAGAAACCCGUGGUGGAGUACAAGGAGGUGAUUCAGGAGGUGGUGAGGCACGAGAAGAACCCGGAGGUGCUCCGCGAGGUUGACCGGCUCAAGGCUCAGCUCAACGAGCUGGUCAACACCAACGGGCGCUGCCAAGAGCAGCUCAUCAGGCUGUGUGGAGAACGCGAUGAGUGGAAGAGGGAGCGGUCCAAGGUGGAGACCAAGAUGGUGAGCAAAGAAGUCGUGCGGCGUGAGAAGGACGCGGUGCUGGAGAAAGAGGCCGACAGGCUCCGGCAGGAGGUGCGGGAGGCCGUCCAGAAGAGAAGGGCAGCUGAGGACGCUGUCUACGAGCUACAGAACAAGUUCCUGCUCCUGGAGAGGCGGCGGCCCGAGGAGCAGGUUGUAGUGCAGGAGGUGGUGGUCACGCAGAAGGACCCAAAGCUUCACGAGGAGCACAGGCGGCUGAGCCGGAGCCUGGAUGAGGAGACAGGGCGGCGGCGGCAGCUGGAGCUGGAGGUGCGGCAGCUGAGUGCCGCUGUGGUGGAGGUGGCGGCCACGCUCAGCUUCGAGGAGGACCGCGGCAAGAAGCUGGCUGCCGAGAGGGAGCUGCGGCAACUGACGCUCAAGAUCCAGGAGCUGGAGAAGCGGCCUCCUGCCCUGCAGGAGAAGAUCAUCAUGGAGGAGGUGGUCCAGUUGGAGAAGGACCCAGAUCUGGAGAGGUCUACCGAGGCCCUGAGGCGAGAGCUGGAUCAGGAGAAGAGCCGGGCGACGGAGCUGCACCGGGAGUGCAAGGGCCUGCAGGUCCAGGUCGACCUCCUUCAGAAAACGAAAUCACAGGAGAAGACCAUCUACAAGGAAGUCAUCAGGGUGGAGAAGGACCCAGCGCUGGAGGGUGAGAGGGCCCGAGUGUGGGAGACCCUUCAUCGGGAGCGCGCAGCUCGCCAGGCCCUGGAGGAAGAGGUCCGGAGCUUGCAAGAGCGGAUUGACCGGGCUGAGGCUCUGAGGAGGUCCUGGUCACGGGAAGAAACUGAGCUUAAGGCGGCCCGGGAGCAGGUGAGCCAGGACUGCGGGCGGAUGCAGCAAGAGCUGCGAGAGCUGGAGAGGCAGAAGCAGCAGAAAGCGCGGCAGCUGCAAGAGGAAGGGAGGCUACUUAGCCAGAAGACAGAGAGCGAGCGCCAGAAGGCAGCCCAGCGUAGCCAGGCCCUCUCGAAGCUCGAGGCAGCCAUUCUCGAUGAAAAGGACAAGAUCUACGAGAAGGAGAGGACCCUCAGGGACCUGCACACCAAGGUGAGCCGGGAAGAGCUCAGCCAGGAAACCCAGACGCGGGAGACCAACCUUUCCACCAAGAUCUGCAUCUUGGAACCGGAGACCGGGAAUGACAUGUCUCCUUACGAGGCCUACAAGAGGGGUAUCAUUGACAGAGACCAGUACCUCCAGCUGCAGGAGCUUGAGUGUGACUGGGAAGAAGUCACCACCUCCAGCCCCUGCGGGGAGGAGUCUGUGCUCUUGGACCGCAAGAGCGGGACGCAGUACUCCAUCGAGGCUGCCCUCCGCUGCCGUCGCAUCUCUAAAGAAGAAUACCACAGGUACAAGGAUGGCCGCCUCCCCAUCUCUGAGUUUGCCCUGCUUGUGGCAGGGGAGACCAAACCCAGUUCCUCACUCUCCAUCGGGUCCAUCAUCUCUAAGUCCCCACACUGCUCCCCAGGCCCCCAGAGUACUGGUUUCUCCUCCCCAGACCUCUCCUCUUUUGGGCUCUCUGAUGAUAGCUUCCCCAUCGCUGGGAUUUACGACACAACCACAGACAACAAGUGCAGCAUCAAGGCAGCUGUGACCAAGAACAUGCUGGACCCCAUCACUGGGCAGAAGCUGCUGGAGGCCCAGGCAGCCACAGGGGGCAUUGUGGACCUUCUCAGCCGAGAACGAUACUCCGUGCACAAGGCGAUGGAGCGGGGACUCAUUGAGAACACCUCCACGCAACGGCUGCUCAAUGCUCAGAAGGCCUUCACUGGCAUUGAGGACCCAGUCACCAAGAAGAGGCUCUCCGUGGGUGAGGCGAUCCAGAAGGGCUGGAUGCCCCAGGAAAGCGUGCUUCCCCAUCUGCUGGUGCAGCACCUGACCGGGGGCCUCAUCGACCCCAAGAGGACCGGACGCAUCCCGGUUCCUCAGGCUGUACUCUGCGGGAUGAUCAGCGAAGAUCUGGGCCAGCUCCUGCAAGAUGAAUCCGGCUACGAGAAGGAUUUGACAGACCCCAUCACCAAGGAGCGGCUGAGCUACAAGGAGGCCAUGGUGCGCUGCCGCAAAGACCCCCUAAGUGGUCUCCUGCUCCUCCCAGCCGUGCUGGAAGGCUAUCGCUGCUACCGCGCGGCCUCCCCGACCCUGCCACGCUCCUGUGUGCGUUGAUGGGGGGGGGCCUAUGCAGAGAGGAAGGGAAGAUUGGAGCACCCCUUGCCCUGGAGUAUCAUAAUCCCAGGCAGUGGAUCUUCCUUCUGGCCACCCAUCCCUUGCUACUCAAUCAUUUGUGGUGUUGGGCUCUGUCCCCAAACUUGAGGAGCUAGCUCCAUUG